GUUCGCUUUCGUGAGACUACUAAACAUUGGAAAACCAAUCAGCUUUGUAUCAUACCUAUUAGCUCUCAAACGAUAGCUAGCUAGCUUCAUUGCCAUCAUCACGCUUCACGCAAAGAGAGAACAGACAUUCCACAGCGAAGAUGGCUUCUUCAAACGAGAAACCCGAAACAAUCACAGGCGGCUGCCUCUGCGGAUCGGUUCGCUACAUUGCGACGUUCCCACCAGAUCACGACUUUGCGGAUAGCGUGAGUUGUAACUCCCCUCUUCGCUUUCUAAAUCCAAAGCGUGAAAACACCACUCAAUGACACUGAUAAUGGCUCACCGCCAACAGUCAACAACAUGCCAAUGCGAGCAAUGCCGCAAAAACACCGGUGCCCUCAUCUUCUACUCCCACCAGCUCCCCAAGUCCGCCGUCGACUUCACGUCCAAGGAGACGCUCAAGCUCUACUCGGCCACGCCGCACUUUGAGCGCGGCUUCUGCAGCAACUGCGGGGGGCUGCUCUUCUGGCAGAGGGACAGCGGCGCCAACAUUUGCCUCACGGUUGGGUGCUUCGAUAGGCCCGUUUUGGAAAAGUACGGGCCGCUGCUGACGUCGGCCAAGAGGCAUCUGUUUUGCGACAGGCAGAUAACUGGUGUUACAGAUCAUUUACGGGGUAACAGGUAUCCAGGGGAUGAUGAAUGAGCUGUAUGUUUGCUUGAAACAAAUCAAUCAUGAUUCUGUAUUGUAACUACCUAGUAAAAGGUUGCAACUACCUGAUG